ACCUAUCCCUUUCCGUGUUCAUUCCUUCAGCUGAAACUCGGAAGACUUUCUUCACUCGUCCACACCACCACCACCACCACUCUCACCACCACCGGUGGAAUCUCAAAGCAUCACACACUCCAGUAGCUCUCUCUCUUUUUCUAGAUCCCUUUCAGGUCUUGAAUUCAUACUUUUCUUUCGGAUCUUUGCUUCUUUGUGGUAAAUUUUACCCAAUUCAAUUCAGUUCUGGUGACUAUAAAUGGCAUCAAAAUCGUUGAAUCGAGGAAGCGGAGGUGAUAGAUCAAGUAAAGUAUACUCAAGAAAAUCACAGAACAACAACAAAAUAUCUAGUAAGAACCUUCGUCAACCUACAUCUUCUUCAUCUAAAAAAACCCUAGAAAAAAAUAAUCAGCAACCGCCUCAGUUAUCUCGUUUCGAUGCAGCAGCUUCAGACGAUUCAUCUAAUCUGAACCGCCGGCAACUCAGUUCUCGUGGUGGUGCUGAUACUGCUCCUCCUUCAAUUUAUACGUUUCCGUUGCAGUUAGAAAACCGUGUUAUUAUUAAUGUUUCUACGAAAUUGAAACAGGAAUUAAGAGAGAUUCGGAGGAAACUAAUUACUGAACUUGAUCAGGUACGUAAUUUGGUUAAGAAGUUAGAAGCUAAAGAAUCACAACUUUCUAGUGCUAGUAAUAAUUAUAGUAAUUCACAGCUUUCGAGUAAUUAUGUCGCUGAUAAUAGUGGUGGUGGUGGUAGUGUGAAAAGAGAGAAAUUUAAAGCACCAUUACCUCGACUGAGUGUUUCCUCGAUGGAGGAUAGUCAAUUAACUGAUAAUAAUGCACAAAAAGAAACUAACAAGAAAGCGAAAUUGAAUAGUGGUAAGAAGAGAAGUGGAGAAGGAAAUGGAGGGUUUGGGUUGGACAACAAUUCUAGUAAAGUUUUUAAGAAUUGUAGUGAUUUGCUUGCGAAAUUGAUGAAACACAAACACGGAUGGGUAUUCAAUACACCAGUUGAUGUUAAAGGUCUUGGUUUACGUGAUUAUUAUGUGAUUAUUAAGAAACCAAUGGAUUUAGGAACGGUGAAAAACAAAUUGAACAAGAAUGGAUAUAAAUCUCCUAGUGAAUUUGCCGAAGAUGUGAAAUUGACAUUUGAUAACGCAAUGACAUAUAAUAGGAAAGGGCAAGAUGUUCAUAUCAUGGCUGAAGAGUUGUUGAAGAUAUUUGAAGACAAAUGGGUGGGCAUACAGGCUGAACUUAAUCGUAAACCAAAGUCUAUAAUUGAUCAUGAAGUAGGUGUUCCUAAAUCUAAAUCUAUUGGGAAAAGAAGUUUUUCUCCACCUCAUCCUCCGGAAACGAAAAGGAACUUCGAUAGAUCAGAAUCGCCUGUAGUUCCUGUUAAUACCCAAUUGAAACCUUCAGAUGCUGUUGGUGCAGGUCGAAUUUCAGCUCCAAAGAAGCCUAAGGCAAGUGAUAUCAACAAAAGAGAAAUGACUUAUGAGGAGAAGCAGAGACUUAGUACUAACCUACAGAGUUUGCCUUUGGAUAAGCUUGAUAAUGUUGUCCAAAUUAUUAAAAAUAGAAAUUCAUCGCUGCUCCACAAUGACGAUGAAAUUGAAGUGGACAUCGAUAGUGUGGAUACAGAAACUUUGUGGGAGCUGGAUCGCUUUGUAACUAAUUACAGAAAGGGUUUGGGUAAGAAGAGAAAAGCUGAAAAUUCUGUUCAACCCAUAAAAGAAUCUGAGCAGAUAGUUGAGGAAACGAAGCCUGAUCCUCCGACGGUAGAGCCGCCAAAGGAUAAAGAAACAGCUCUUGAUAUAAAUGAAAAAGAUAUGUCUUCUUCAUCUCCUGUUCAAGAAGAGAGGCGAGAGGAGGCUGCAACUAGAUCAAGUAGCUCUAGUAGCUCUAGCAGCGACUCUGGAUCCUCUUCAAGUGAUUCAGACACCGAUAGUUCCUCCGCAUCAGAUAGUUAGGCAUUGACAUAAGCGUUGCUUGGAAUUGCUUCAGGUUACUGAAAUGUGGAUAGAUGAUGGCUGAAAAUGUGGAUAGAUGAUGGCUGAAAUCUUGACGAAGCACACUGCUGCAGAUCUGUGCUUUAGGGUUGUUAACAGGUCUGGGACUUUUGAAGCCUCAUUUUUGACAAGUUUGAGACUUUUGAAGCCUCAUUUUUGACAAGUUUGGGACUUUUGAAGCCUCAAUAUACAUGGUGAGAUCUGGUGCAAUGGGUGUGUUGUAUUUGUAGAUUAGUUGGUCAAAACUCCAACCAAUUUCCUGUAUUUGUUUUCUGUAUGAAUAUUUGUAUAAAGUGUAUUCUUCAAAAGGGAGUACAAGGCUGCCUAUCCUAGGAUAGAUGUAAGAGGGUCAAGCUUGAUAAAGAUAAUCAAGAUGGGAGAGUAGUUGAGUUCAAUAACAUCCAUCUAGAUUGACAUUAAGCACCCAGUGUUUGUAUAUGUAUUGACACUGUAAUGGUAACCACGUAGGUUAACGGAGAUUUUCCUAGUUUGGCUCACAA